UCACGCAUGUAUGUGGCUGGUUGACUGCUUCCCCGAUUUGCUGCGUUGCGGCUCUGCCUUUUGGCGCAUCAGCAGAACGAGCACGGCAGAAUCGUGGCGAGGCGAAUCGAUGGGAGGCGACCCGAAGCGGCAAUGCGUGCCUGGGAAAUUGGUGUGGAUGCUUUGGUCUGUACUGUACUGUACCCCCUCCCGGCCUGGGCGUGGCGCUUACGGCGUCGCUGACUACAAUCUCGCGACGCGCGCCAAGGACGGAAACUUGCCUCGGUGAGUCGAACCGUGAUGAUUGCCCCAUUGAACUCUGAUACGGGGAGACAUGCUUGGUUCGGGUGUCCAUUUGACACACUGGGUAUACCGUGAUCGGUUUUGACCAUGGUAGCCACGGCGAAAGCGGAGGUUCGUGCUUCGUUGUUGGUCACAGCGCGAUCGCGCUAUGUUCGAGUUUCCCGCGCAACGAACUGUUGUUCCGUUGGAUACGAAGCGCAUCUCGUUAUGCGAAUGCCUUCUGACUGAAACGAGGGGAGCGGAGAAAAUAUGGGAGAUAAGUAUUAUACACCGAAGAAAGCCGACUUCCAAAAAAACGCAAACGCCCCUCAAAUAGGCUUAAGUUGGUCCCUCGUCU